AUGGCCCAAGGCGCAGUCAAGAAGCUCGGUCGCCCGACCCCCGCCAAAGUCACACACUCCAAGAAACAAGCAUCAAAAGUGAACAAGUCCAAGGGAACAAAAAAGAGCGUCGACAAGGUCCACAAGAAGUUCACAAGCGGCAUGACAGCGCGCACCGAAGCGCUGCUCGGCGAGCGUGCAGGACAUCUCGAGUUGCUGGGCAAGGGAAACAAGAAGAAGGACAAGAAGACUGAGCACAAGGGUGGCUCCAAGAAGUUUGGUUAA